CGGCGAUUGAGCAUGAUUCGGUUCCUCAUUACACCGGCGCAAGUCACGACUCUCGCUUUCACGUUGUCGCUCGAGGGUUUCUUCCUUUCACUGUUCAAUCAUUGGUCUUGUACUUUUGUCAAUUGUUCAAUUCAACACUAAACCGCUGCCAAUUGACAUCUCGCACAAAUGGCGAGCGAGUCACCGACAGCUGAGGCUUGUCCAGUUCGCAAGAGGGUCUCAACAGCCUGUGAAGCCUGCCGCGCUACAAAGAUAAAAUGCCAGCCGAGUGAACAGCCUGGGGUCUGUCGCAAGUAAGACCUCUCAAUCGAAGAUUCGUUUACAUGGCAUCGUCUGACGUGGAAAGGUGUCUGGAGUCCAAGAAAGAAUGUAUAUCGCGAACAGGCCCGCGAACGCGCAGAAGAAGGACAAAAUACGCGAUAGAAACUCAUCAACCACCGCCUCCGCCACCACCAGCGCCAUCAAAGACUUUCACCAUUGACUUUGAAGUUCCAACACAAUUGGACGUCGAUGAGAACUUUGACAACCUUCGGGACUCACAUGCGCAGUUCAUAGACUCAAUAUUCCCUUCAGAUCCAGAUGCGGAUCUCAGUAGCUUCGAAGACUCGCCCGUCACGGGGUUUCCUACGCCGUCCUCGUCUCACACGCAUUCGAUACAGUCUUUCCAUGCGAAGCCCCAAUUCAACCUUGACUCUGCAGAGUCGCUGUUAGUUUCGUUUCGGGGGAUGUUGGUUCAUUAUCCUGUCAUUGUGUUGAGGCCUGAUGAGACGGUGGCCAGCCUUGCUGCGACCAGGCCGUUUGUCUUGCUGGCGAUAUUGGCUGCAGCUUCUGGAUCGCGCACUUUGCAGGGACAUACGCUUUACGACGAUGAAUUUCGAAAAGUAUUGGGCCUCAAGUUUGUAGCAAGCGGCGAGAGAAGCAUGGAAUUGCUACAAGGCAUUCUCAUCUAUUGCGCUUGGUACCCAUUUCAUCUGAGGCCAAAGAACAGACAGGCCUUCCAAUACUACCGUAUGGCUGGUGAUCUGUUAAGUGACCUCGAUCUCGACCAAGAAAUGCCUAACCUUGUCAACACAAUACCGGGCGAUAUGAGCAGUAUGCAGCUCGACAGACUACGGGCGUAUCUAGCAUACCACUACGCCGUGUCCAACUUCCUCUGCACUUGGAAGAAGAUGGAUCUGCUCAUGCCCCAGUGGACGCCCUGGACCGCAACGUGCUGCGAACUACUUCACCGCCACGCCGAGGUUGAUGGUGAUGUUUCACUGAGCUACCUUGUUCGACUUGCAAACAUGACGACCACGGCGAACAACUCGAUAAGAGAUAAUGAUCCACAGGUGAACCAGCAGGUUCAACUUAUGCUGCUGGGACUCGAGAUGCAGCACAGGGAGAUGAAAGAGACCAUGGUACCACAUCUCUCUCGUUCAGCACCUGUGAAACUCGCACAUCUCUUCUUCGACGUCUUUUUGCAAGGUGGUGCCAUCUUCUGCCUCACACGCGCCAACACAAGAAAGCCUCAUUUCAUCCACCCAUCAUCAGCCCGUCUCACACGCUGCGUGAAUAACACCCGCGCCCUGUUCGACUACCUCCUCAAUCUCGACAGCUUCAAGUACUUCACAAGCAUCGAUUGGACAAAGUUCAUCCUCUCCGUGAUCCUCGCUGUUCGACUCUCUUUCCCCAUAUCUGAGGUCCCAGACUGGGAUCAUGCUUGGGCACGCUCACAGUUACGGUUUGACGAAUUCCUCGAGUUCAUGUGUGACGGGCCGGAGGAUCUCACACCGUCUAGUAAACGUGUCGACGUACUCUCCGCAAGCCGUGUGAUACUGCGUGUUGUGAAAUCAAAGUACGACAGACGCAUUGCUAUGCUCACAGCACCGAGUCUGACUUCAAGGGGCGUGGGACACCAAGGAUGCCCCAUGUUUGAUAAAGAUAUGCAGCCAUACAUAUCGGCGUGGGACACAGACUUUGACAUGAAUUCUGCAAUGCUCACACCGGGUCUGAAUACGGAUGGGCAGCAAACUAUGUACCAUGAUCUAUGGGCGACUAUGACCAUGAGUUGGGCAAAUGAUGGCUCAGUGGACUCGUAGAGCUAGCGGAGUUUUUGCCCUAUGUAUUAUCUACAGCCAAUGGAUGUGACAUCUCAACUAUCCCCAAACAGUUGGCGUUGUCAACAUCAAACUGGAACACUACCACUCUGGUAAACAUGUGACAGAUGCCUCAUUCACGCAGUAAGCAAUCUCAUAGCUACGGUUUCAGUCUCAUUCCAGGUGAUUUACAUACUCGAUCACUGGGUUCAUCGACUAGUAGUACUCUACUGCAACUCCAUUUCCACUGCCACCACCGUCGUCCCAAGUUUAUCAUGCCUGCAUGAGCAUCCCCCUCACAUAUACCUACACAAACACCAGAAACAGAUUAUCUGAUCAACCUCUCAACUUACACCCUACCCACCGGAUCAUCUCCGCCUCCUCUCCCGUCCAAUAACCUCAGACCACACAAUCUCCGUGCCUCUGCAGGCGUCUCAACACAGAAAUCACACAUUUCCACCCCCUGUCCUCGCCCACACACCCCCUUGCUACCGGUUAUUCCCACAUGACAACCUCCCUUGUCGCACAGCAUCUCUUCCCCUUCGCAAUUUCCGCGCCCGUCCCGUCCGCCCCUCGAGGGCUCGGCCCGCGAACCUGGGUAAGCUAUAUUGUUGUGUAGUAUAGUGUAACCCAUCUAUAGGCUGUAAACAGAGACAGAUGCAUAUUGGUGAGCACCAUCCUCUGGGGCCUUCCAUCACCAGUUCCCGAUGGUGCGUAACACGAGCACGAGCAUCUACACAGG